AUGGAGGCUCAAGCUUACAGCAGUGCGACGAACAUCCCCGCUCUUCAGAACCUUCGCGCCAGAGGCGUGCCCGAUGUUCCCGAGGAUGUCGACUCUCUCAUGGAGCAUCUCAAUGACCCUAACUUUGAUUACUAUGCUUCACUUCCAUCUCCUACCUCCUCCACUACUGAGGUGCAUGAGCUUGAGGAUAAAAAGAUAGCCAUGUCAGAGUACUCUGGCGGUGCCUCAGACUUUGAUGCCGAGUCCCGAAUUGAGUCUAGCACGCGCUACUCAACUGCUUCGAGAACCACCACACCUUCAACAUUCGACUAUGACGACGAGUCACCUUACCCUGAAGUUCGCGCCGCUGUUUCUAGCAUUGAUGACCCCACCAUGCACGUCAAUACGUUCCGCAUGUGGGUCUUGGGUAUCUUCUAUACCAUUCUCAUCUUGGCUCUUAACCAGUUUUUCUCUAUGCGCUACCCUUCCAUUAUUAUUACCGGCAUUCGAUUCCUCCCCACCACGCGCUUCGAUACCAUGGGGUACACUUGGUCAUUUAACCCGGGACCACAUCAAAGAGCACUCAGCGGUGCCUACGCCACCGACAUUAUCGCGACCCAGAAGCUCAUCGGCUUCUCUAUGGGUGGCCUUCUUCGCAAAUUCCUUGUCUGGCCCAGCAGCAUGAUCUGGCCUGGUGCACUUGUCACCUCCGCCCUGUUCAAUACUCUACACAAGUCAUAUGGCAAACCUGAGCAUCGCCACGUCUCCCGGGAGAAAUUCUUUUGCAUUGCACUGGGCUGCAGUUUCGUGUGGUACUGGGUACCUGUAUACUUGUGGACUGGACUGAGUGUGUUCAACUGGGUCUACUGGAUUGCUCCUAACAACGCGGCUGUGAAUGCACUCUUUGGCACGUCCACUGGUCUUGGCAUUGGCAUUUUCACUUUUGACUGGUCCAUGAUCUCGUAUAUUGGAAGCCCAUUGGCCAACACAGCCGUUGCCCUUGUGGUCGCCAAUGCCACUUUCAACGUCGCGCAGUACGAGGCUUACUCGCCCGUCUUCAUGACGGCGACCAUGGCUAUUGCAUAUGGUGUUGCGUUUACCGCUUUCUCCUCAGUGGUCGUGUAUACCUUCUUGUGGUACCGCCGUGACAUCGUUCGCCGCUUCAAGAGCAGCCUCAGGGAUGAGCGCGAUGUUCAUUCGCGCCUGAUGCAGGCAUACUCCGAAGUUUUCCCUACGGAUCUCCCUAUCUGGGGUGUUUGCGUUGCUCUCGCCCUCGCUGCACUCCUCGCCAUUCCGGUCGGCAUGCUCCAAGCAAUUACCAAUCAGCAGAUCGCCUUGAACGUCAUGUUCGAGAUGAUUGGUGCCUAUUUGCUGCCUGGAAAACCCGUCGCUGUCAUGAUCUUCAAAGCUAGCGCAUACAUGGGUACAAACCAGGCGGUUGGCUUUGCUGGCGACUUGAAGCUUGGUCAUUACAUGAAGGUGCCCCCGCGUCUCAUGUUCACAGCACAGGUCCUCGCUGCAUUCCUCAGUUGCAUCGUUGUCACCCUCGUGCAGAACUGGAUGUUCGCCAACAUCUUCUUUGCCGUCGGUGCCCUCCUUCCCAUCCCCUUCUACUACCUCGCUCGCCGCUUCCCCCUCUCUUACUGGAGAUACAUCAACAUCCCCGUUUUCUUCGCCGGCAUUGGUGCCAUGCCUCCUGCCACUGGCAUUAACUUUGCGUCUUGGGCAAUUGUCGGCUUCAUCUUCCAGUGGUUCAUGCGCUACAACUACAUCCUCUCCGCUGGUCUCGACGCAGGCGUCGCGAUCAGUCUCAUCGUCAUCUUCUUCACUCUUCAGAUGCCGAAAGGUGGCAUUACCCUCAAUUGGUGGGGUAACACCGUAUGGAUGAACACCGCAGAUGCACUAGGCACGCCACUCUAUCUCAUCACCAUCCCUGUCGCAUACUUUGCACUCUUGGGCACGGACCUCCUCACGGGCGGGACAGAUGCCGCUGUGCAGGGCGUGAGCGGGAUGCUCAUCGAUCACGCGUGGUGGUGA